UUUCUCGUCGGACGGUGAUUCUUGUGACCACAUCCGGCGGCGGCAAAGAAACUUUAGCCCGAAGCUAGCAGUAGUUUGUAGUUGUGGAUUUUGUUUUUGUUCUGUGGCGAUGCCCGCUGAAAACCUGAGAUGGGAAACUUUACAGGCUUUAAAGAACUCUCCGAAGGGGAAAAUCACGUACGACCCGCACUGGUCCGAGAGAGGCGAGGACAUUCUGUCCGGCUGCAAAGACGUCCUCAGCCUGUCCUCGCGCUCCGGGGUCGUACUGGAGCGCCUGGGCUCCUCCCCCCUGCAGACGUCCUGCUUCCUGAGCUGCAGCCCCAGAGGCUCCUGCACCGGCCUCUCCGGGGAGAACUCGGCCUCCUCCUCCUCCUCCUCGGGCUCCAUGUGCGACCUCCUGGCCCGGCACAGCGCGCUCUCCGCCGCCCCGUCCUCCAGCACCGAGCAGGCUGUUGCUGAGGGAGCGAAGGAUGACGGUCCGGAGGAAGACGUCCCCAGUUCACUGCCGUCCAUUUCCCUUCUGUCGCCCAAAGCCAUGGAGACGGCGGGGCGCAUUAUCAAGUUUGAGGAGGAGCGACGGGAAAAGGCAAAGACGGCGCUCAAACUGCGGCAGGAGGUGCACGAGAAGCUGGUGGCGGUGGUGGCGAGCUCCGAGUCGGAGCAGCUCAAGCGCUUCGAGGAGUUCAUGGAGCUGAAGCAGAGGCAGGAGUUCCAGAGCAUGAGGGACAUGAUGGACCGAGAAACGAAAGAGAGCAUCGGGCGUCAGGAGAAGCUGAAGGAGGAGCAGCGGCACCGGAUGAAGAUCAUCAACCUGCGCCUGCGGGAGGCGGAGCAGCAGCGUCUGCGGGAGGCGGAGCUUGAGCGCCAGCGGCAGGCGGACGGCCGCGAGCGCCUGCGCAACCUGAACACCAUCCAGGAGGAGAUCCUGCAGCUCAACCAGCUGCUGGAGCCCUCCACCCGCGGCGGGACGGACCUCAGCACCUACUGCACCCGCGGGAACCAGCUGUGCUCGCAGCUGUCGGAGGUGGUGCGGAAGACGGCCGAGGGCGAGUUCCCCAGCGUGGACGACAUGACGGGCGCCGAGCGGGCGCUCCACGAGAUGAGGGCGCUGAUCCGGCUGAUGCAGGAGGACGUGGCCAAGGCCCAAGAGAAGAAGAAGAAGGACGAGGAGGAGGAGGAGCAGCGCAGGAAGCAGGAGGAGCUGCAGGCGCAGCAGGAGGCGCAGAAGAAGGCGGCGGAGUCGGCCAAAGAGAAGGCGAAGAGGAAAGGUCUGCAGAACAGCGCUGAAGACGGCACGCUGAGAUGGUUCAAGGAGCUGCAGGAGUCGGCUGCUCGGUGCGCGCUCUCCUUCGAGCAGCUCAACGCCGCCAAGGACGCACAGACCAAGAAGCUGAAGCUGGAGCUGCAGAAGGCCUCCAGCAUCCCCGUUAGUCAAAUCUCCAGCAACUCCGGAUCGCAGCUUCGGGAAAUCUUUGACAAGAUCGACAAGCUGCUGUCGGGACGCUCGGUGGUGUCGGGGGGGCGGAACAUCUCCACCUCCCAGCAUCCUCAGGGGCUGGACUUUGUCAGCUUCAAGCUGGCGGAGAAGUUUGUGAAACAAGGAGAGGAGGAGGUGGCGUCCCACCACGAAGCCGCCUUCCCCAUCGCGGUGGUGGCGUCGGGCGUGUGGGAGCUGCACCCUCGGGUGGGCGAGCUCCUCCUGGCCCACCUGCACAAGAAGUGCCCGUACUCGGUGCCCCACUACCCCCCCAUGAAGGACGGCACGCCGCUGGAGGAGUACCAGAGGAUUCUGGGGUACCGCGUGGACGACUCCGGGGUCGAAGGUCAGGACAGCUUCCUGAAGAGGAUGUCAGGGAUGAUCCGGCUUUACGCCGCCGUCAUCCAGCUGCGGUGGCCCUACGGCUCCAAGCAGGCGGCGGCGCCCCACGGGCUGAACCACGGCUGGCGCUGGUUGGCCCAGAUGCUCAACAUGGAGCCGCUGGCCGACAUCACGGCCACGCUGCUGUUCGACUUCCUGGAGGUCUGUGGAAACGCUUUGAUGAAACAGUAUCAGGCGCAGUUCUGGAAACUGAUGGUGCUGCUGAAGGAGGAAUACUUCCCCAGGAUCGAAGCGGUGACGAGCAGCGGGCAGAUGGGCUCCGUCAUCCGGCUCAAACAGUUCCUGCAGACGUCUCUGCAGAGCCGACAGAUCCGCCCCCCCAAAGGCCAGCUGACCUCCAUGUUCUGGGGCUCCUGACCCCCAGAAAGCCUCUGUGUUUUUUUUAGGUUGGACUCUGACCUCUAGUCUCUCCUUCAGAAUGCGUUUGUCUUUAGUGGUUUUAUUGGUUUCCUUCUGGAGGGAAAACGCUCUUUAUUAUUCUCACUGAAUACGUUUUCAGUCAGUUUUUAUUUUUUUGUCUUUAGGAAUCCACCAUGUGGAGCAAAGACUUGUGGGUAAUAUGAGCUGUUGAGUCAUUAUGAAUCCAGAUUAGAUGUAUAUUUAUAAAAACAAGUCACUAAAGAGAUUGUAGAUUAUGAAUCAGGUUUGUUACAAUGAUUUUCAUCUUUGAACCAAAUGUCUGAAAUAAAACCUUCAGCUGUUCA